UGGAGUCGCCUCGGGACCUGUACGGGAGUCUGGCGGGGUCAAUCCUGACUAGGGGCUUGACACAUGGCUGUGUGGGUCCUGGGAGGCCGCCUGGGCCUUCGCGGAUGCCUUGGGGCAGGCAGGCUACUUUGUCCCCGUUUCCAGAGCCGCGGUUCCCCGGGCGUGGAAGACGGGGACAGGCCACAGCCUUCCUCAAAAACACCCAAGAUUCCCAAGAUUUACACCAAAACAGGAGACAAAGGGUUUUCUAGCACCUUCACUGGAGAAAGGAGAUCCAAAGACGACCAAGUAUUUGAAGCCUUGGGAACUACAGAUGAAUUAAGUUCAGCCAUUGGGUUUGCAAUGGAAUUAAUUGCAGAAAAGGGUCACCCAUUUGCUGAAGAGCUCGAGAAAAUCCAGUGCUCCCUGCAGGACGUCGGCUCCGCCCUGGCAACACCGCGCUCCUCGGCCAGGGAGGCUCACUUAAGACACACGGCGUUUGCCCCGGGCCCCAUCCUGGAGCUGGAGCAGUGGAUCGACAGAUAUUCUAGUCAGCUGCCCCCUCUCACGGCUUUCAUUCUGCCUGUAGUCGGGAGGCAAGAGCAGCUCCGCACUGCACUUCUGCCGGGCCGUGUGUCGCCGAGCGGAGAGACGGGUGGUGCCUCUUGUCCAGAUGGGUGAGACGGAUGCAAACGUGGCCAAGUUCUUAAACAGACUCAGCGACUAUCUCUUCACGUUAGCCAGAUAUGCAGCCAUGAAGGAGGGGAACCAAGAAAAAAUAUACAAGAAAAAUGACCCGUCGGACUGAAUCUGAGGCACUUGGAAAUAAUGGAAAGGGGGAGCCUUGUAAACCCUUUGAUGGUGACUCACAGGGAAAAGAGUUUGCCCUUUGUGUCCUGGUUCCUGACGAUCUCACCCAGAGGGGCUGGAAGCUGGCCUUUUGUCCAAACUCAGCUGCCUUUCAGACCCCCUGCCACUUCCCUCAAGGAGCUGUGGCUGCUGGAGAAUUCUGCACCCCCCACCCGCGGGCUCGCCUUGGUCUCAGAGGGAGUGGGCUUGAAUUCAGUAUUGCAGAAAAGAAAGGUAAAGUGAUUGUUGUAAUGAGAAGGAGCUGCACAGAAAAAAGAAUAAAGG